AUGUCCUCUUUCGCGUUCUCCAGAGUCUCCUCAGAUUCCUCCUCCUCCUCCACCUCCUCCUCUUCUUCCUCCUCAUACUCUAUGGAACCAAGGGUAGAAGUUAUGCGUUGUUCACGAUGUGCCAAAACUGUCGAAACUAUCAGCACAAUGCAAUACCACGGUAACGAGUUACGCAGAGUUAGCACAGAUGAUGCAAGUGCUAGUGGAAUGGUACGAUUUGGUCACAACUUAUAUUAUUGUGAUCGUUGUGCAAAAAUGGUUGGUUACAAGUGA